GUAUGUGAUUUGAGCUUGUUUAAAUAAUUUUAUUUGUUUUUGGUUCUCACGGACUGUUGGGACUUUCCCGUUUGCUUGGAGGGCUUGUUGGUGUGUUGGACUGCAUUCCAUCAUACUCGCCACGCGACCAUGGGAAGGGCAAAGCAGACCUUGAUUACUACAGGAGACGUAAUCCAGAGCUUUCUCAACACUCCAAGCACGCCCGCCGAUCAGGCUGUGGACAAAGCAACCCCAGGACGUCCUAAACAGCGACGCGUCGAACUGGCCUUCGCCACAUGGCGCACCUAUCCUCGCAUCCCGUGGUUCAAAACCAUCAGGCCCAUUUUCUGGACGUUUUCACUUGUGCUGUAAUUAUGUUUCCCCUAGCUUCCCCGCCAAUAGCAAUUAGCAAAACCUCCAGCUGCUC